AUGGGCCAGUGGGCAGGCAUGCAAGCCCCUCUCCUUGGCCUGGCCCUGCUGCUGCCGCUGCUUCUGUUCCAGCCGUCACCCUGCCUCAGCCAGGACACCCAAGGGCCCCCCCAGGAUGGACCUCACUUCGGCUUCACUCAGGCUGUUUACCACGCCACGGUUUACGAGAACUCAGCAGCACGUACCUAUGCCAACAGUAAAGUUAAAAUGGGCAUCCACCUGGCCCUGCGUUCCUGGGAAAUCCGCUAUAGAAUCACCUCAGGCGAUGACGAAGGCUUCUUCAAGGCAGAGGAGUAUGUGUUGGGUGACUUCUGCUUCUUACGCAUAAGAACUAAAGGUGGCAAUGCAGCCAUCUUGAACCGAGAGAUUCAGGAUAAUUAUGUAUUGACAGUGAAAGCCUCCGUCAAGGGUGAGGCCCUCCUUGAGACCUGGACCAAAGUCAGCAUCCAGGUUUUGGAUAUGAAUGACCUCCGACCCUUGUUCUCACCCACCACGUACUCUGUCACCAUCGCGGAGAGCACCCCUCUCAGGACUAGCAUAGCACAAGUUACUGCCACUGAUGCAGACAUUGGCUCCAAUGGGGAGUUUUAUUAUUUCUUCAAGGAGAAAAUGGAGCUCUUUGCAGUACAUCCAACUAGUGGAGUGGUUUCCCUCAGUGGGAAACUCAACAUUGAUGAGCAGAAUCGAUAUGACUUAGAAAUCCUGGCAGUAGACCGUGGCAUGAAGUUGUAUGGAAAUAACGGGGUCAGCAGCACAGCCAAGCUCUUUGUCCAUGUAGAGCGUGUGAAUGAGCAUGUCCCAGUCAUGAGUGUGGUCACCCACAUCCCCUCAUGGUUGGAUAAAGAUCCCGUGUAUGCUGUGGUCACAGUGGAGGACCUGGAUGAAGGCUUGAAUGGAGAAAUAGACUCAGUGGCCAUUGUGGCUGGAGACCCCUCGGAGCAAUUCUUCCUGCAAAGAUCGGAGGAAGACGAGUUUGAAAUAAAGGCCUCUGAGUCAUUAGACUGGGAAAGUUACCCUUAUGGUUAUAACCUCACUCUUCAGGCUAAAGACAGGGGCACACCGCAAAAGUUCUCUGCUGUCAAGGUUGUCCACCUCAUGGUUAAAAAACCACAGACAAUAGAAGUUAAGUUUGAGCAGGAGUCAUAUGAAAUUAGUCUGAAUGAAAUUUCACCCCCAGGCACAAUUGUAGAGGCUGUUAAAAUCAGGCCAGAGCCUGAUGAUGCAGAAUAUAUGCUGACUCCUUCAACAGAUUCUGCUUACUUCCAGAUAAACACUUUAACAGGUGUAAUUUCUACAACCCGCUGGUUCACGCAGGUGUCCCAGGAUGUCUUUAAUGUUGAAGUGGUGGAAGUAGAUAGUGAGCUCAGAGUUAAAGUCUGUGUCAAGAUUGAGGACGCUAAUGACAACACCCCAACAUUUGCUCAGUCAUCUUAUGAGGUUUUUGUCAAUGAGAGCGUACCGAUUGGAACCAAUGUGCUAACAGUUUCAGCAGUGGAUGAGGAUACAGGCGAAAACGGAUACAUAACAUAUAGCAUUUCCAGUCUUCACCCCCUACCCUUCAAAAUAAAUCAGUUUUCUGGUAUUAUCAGCACCACUAAAGAACUGGACUUUGAAUCCUCGUCAGAGAGCUUUGUGUUUGUGGUCAGGGCGUCUGACUGGGGGUCACCUUACAGACGAGAGAGUGAAGUCAAUGUAACCAUUCACCUUGAGAAUGUAAAUGAUAACAAGCCCUUGUUUGAGAAGGUAGCAUGCCAGGGGGUUGUUUCUAGGGAUUUCCCAGUGGAUGAAGUGAUUACCACAAUGUCUGCAAUUGAUAUAGAUGAGUUAGAGCUAGUAAAAUAUAAGAUACUUUCAGGAAACGAGUGGGGAUUCUUCGACCUCAACCCUGAUUCUGGGGUCCUUACACUGAGACGGUCCCUUGCCACUGCCAGUCCAAAGAACGGGAUCUUUAGUCUCAAAAUAACUGCCACAGAUGGUGAGAACUUUUCAGAUCCUAUGUUUGUUAACAUCUCAAUUGUUCAUGGGAAAUCUCCUCCCAAAAGUUUUGACUGCAGAGAGACCAGAGUAGCCCAGAAGUUAGCUGAAAAGUUGCUGAAAAAGUCCAAAGCUAGCACUAAGCCCAAAAUCGAGGAAGGCUUUAUUGAUCUUUUCUCUGUCAAUCGACAAACCCCCCAGUUUGAUAAAGCAUUCCCCACAGAUAUAGCAGUGAGAGAAGACUUAAAGGUAGGCUCCAGUGUUUUCAAAGUGAAUGCCUUUGAUGGGGAUACAGGUUUCAAUGGUCAGAUUCUGUAUUCUAUUUCAGAUGGUAACACAGACAGCUGUUUUACCAUUGACAUGGAAACUGGCCUUAUUAGUGUCUUCCUACCCAUGGACAGAGAGAAGAGAGAUCGUUACCUCCUGAAUUUAACUAUCUAUGACCUUGGCCAGCCACAGAAAUCUGCCUGGCGGUUGCUCACUGUCUACAUAGAGGAUGCCAAUGAUAAUACACCUCAGUUUUUGCAAGAAGGAGGCUACAGAGCUGUCAUACCUGAAAACACUGCCUUAGGCACAGAUGUCAUCCAGGUAGAGGCCACUGACAAAGAUCUUGGACCUAAUGGGGAGAUUGUGUACUCUGUUUUGACCAGCACCACUCAGUUUGGGAUCAACAGCACUAAUGGCAUAGUGUAUGUUGCAGGCCAGCUAGACAGGGAGCUUGUCUCUGCUUUCAACCUGAAGAUUGAGGCUCGAGACAAGGCAGAGAAAGGGAACCAGAAGUUCUCUGUGACCUCCUUGAAGAUCACAUUGGAAGACGUUAAUGACUGUCCCCCAGUAUUCAUCCCCAACGUCUACAAUGCCAGGGCUCUGGAAGACCUCCCAGUUGGAACUGUUGUGGCCUGGUUGGAAACCCAGGAUCCAGAUCUGGGUUUUGGAGGCCAGGUCCGGUAUUCCUUAGCCAAUGAUUACAAUGGAAGGUUCGAGGUGGACAAAGCCAGCGGGGCCAUUCGGCUUACCAAGGAGUUGGACUAUGAGACCCAGCAGUUCUACAACCUCACCGUGAGGGCUAAGGACAAGGGAAGGCCUGUCUCGCUUCUCUCUGUCACCUUUGUGGAGAUAGAGGUGGUGGAUGUGAACGAAAACCUGUACGCUCCAUACUUCUCCCAUUUCGCCUUGACAGGAUCAGUUAAAGAGAACGCCCGAAUCGGAACCACCGUACUCCAAGUCACCGCCCACGAUGACGACGACGGCAGAGAUGGAGAAAUCCACUACUCCAUUCGUGAUGGGAGCGGGCUUGGCAGAUUUGCCAUUGAUGAAGAGACUGGAGUGAUUUACACCACUGACAUGUUGGAUCGAGAAACCAAGGAUUCCUAUUGGUUGACGGUGUAUGCCAGUGACCAUGGCGUGGUGCCCCAGUUUGCCGCCAUCGAGGUGUACAUCCAGGUGGAGGAUGUUAACGACAAUGCCCCGCUCACCUCCGAGCCGCUGUACCGGCCGGUGGUGAUGGAGAACUCACCCCGGGACGUCUCCGUGAUCCAGAUCCAGGCCCAGGACCCGGACGCCGUGUCCGCUGGCGCCGACAGGCUCACCUACCGCAUCAUCAGCGGAAACCCACAGAACUUCUUCACCAUCAACACUCGAACCGGUCUGAUCACCACAACCUCCAGGAAACUGGACCGCGAACAACAAGCUGAACACGUCUUAGAGGUGACGGUGUCAGACGGCGGCCCGAGUCCCAGGCAGAGCACAGUGUGGGUGAUGGUCCAGGUCCUGGAUGAGAACGACAACAAGCCCACCUUUCCCGAGAAGGUCUACCAGGUCAAGCUGCUGGAGAGGGAGCGCAAGAAGAAGGGCGAGUCCAUCUAUCGGGUGUUCGCCUACGACCGUGAUGACGGGCCCAAUGCGGACCUCUCCUACAGCAUCAUCGACGGCAACGAGGACGGGAAGUUCUUUAUCGACCCCAAGACGGCGGUGGUGUCGUCGCGCAAGGCCUUUACCGCUGGCAGCUAUGACAUCCUGACUAUCAAAGCCACGGACAACGGUCGCCCUCAGAAGUCGUCCACGGCCCGGCUUCACAUCGAGUGGAUUCGCCGUCCUCCUCCAUCGCCGCUGCCACUGCUGUUCGAUGAGCCCUUCUAUAAUUUCACUGUCAUGGAGAACGACAAGGUGGCUGAGAUUGUGGGCGUGGUUUCCAUGCAGCAGGGCCCCUCCCUCUUGUGGUUUGACAUCACAGGUGGGAACAGCGACAAUGUGUUUGAUGUGGAAAAGGCCGCAGGCACCAUCAUCAUCGCCAAGCCUCUGGACUCCGAGCAGCGCUCCUUCUACAACCUGACAGUGGAGGUGACAGACGGGACCAACACCGCCUACACACAGGUUCAUAUCACUGUCAUGGACAACAACGACAAUUCCCCCAUCUUCUCCCAGUCCACCUAUGAUGUCACCAUCUCAGAGGACACGCCCCCCGACACCGAGGUGGUGCAGGUUCUGGCGUCAGACCGUGACGAGCACCACCGUCUCACCUACUCUUUGCAGAGCUCCAUAGACCCCAGCAGCUUUCGUCUUUUCCACAUCCACCCCACCCUAGGGACGAUCUACACCACGCAGAGGCUGGACCACGAGGCCUGCACCCAGCACAUCCUCACGGUCAUGGUGAAGGACCAAGAAUUCCCAUACAGAAGGAACCUGGCUCGUGUGUUGAUUGAGGUGGAAGAUGUAAAUGAUCACGUACCAAUUUUUACCAGUGCUCUGUACGAAGGCUCUGUUUAUGAGUCAGCAGCAGUGGGAUCAGCUGUGGUCCAAGUCACUGCCCUGGACAAAGACAAAGGAGAGAAUGCGGAGCUACACUUCUCCAUUGAAGGAGGAAAUGCCGGAAAUGCAUUCCGUAUUGAGCCAGUUUUGGGUAUCAUCACUGUUGCACGUGACCUGGACCUGUCCACCAUUGGCCAUUAUGUUCUCACCGUCAGAGUGACUGACAAUGGCUCCCCUCCCCUGUCCACCACCACUAUAGUGCGUAUUGCCGUCACCCUUUCUGAUAAUGCAGGCCCCAAGUUCCCACAGCCGGAAUACCAGGCUGAGAUCACAGAGAACGUCGCUGUCGGGACCUCUGUCACUACAAUCAAUGCAGUCAGCCAAUCUACUCUGACUUAUGAUAUCAAGCAGGGCAACAAUGGUCGUAUCUUCCGGAUAAAUCAGUACAGUGGAGUGAUCACCACUCAAAAGCCCCUAGACUUUGAGACUGCGAUGUCUUACACGCUGAUAGUCCAAGCCACUAACAUGGCUGGCAUGUCCUCCAACGCCACCCUGCUCAUCCAGGUAGUGGACGAGAAUGACAACCCUCCAGUGUUUCAGCAGCUUCACUAUUAUGGCAGCAUCAGUGAGGCUGCACCGAUCAACAGUGUGGUCCUCAACAUGGAUGAGUCACCAUUAGUAAUCAAGGCUACUGAUGCUGAUCGCAACCAAAAUGCUCUUUUAGUCUACCAGAUUGUUGAGGACACUGCAAAAAUGUUCUUUACAGUUGACUCUGGUACUGGCUCUAUCAGAACCAUUGCUAAUCUAGACCAUGAGACAUUUGCUAAUUUCCAUUUCCAUGUUCAUGUGCGGGACAAUGGCAGGCCACAGUUGACAGCAGACAGUCCAACAGAGGUCACAAUACAAGUGAUUGACACCAACGAUUCACCUCCCCACUUCACCCAAGAUGCUUAUGAAACAGUCCUGCUGCUCCCUACGUAUGUGGGUGUUGAAGCUCUGCAGGUUUCAGCCAUAGACCCUGACAGAAAUGUUCCUACAGAGCUCACCUACUCUUUGACAGAUGGAAUACUGGAGCACUUUGCCAUCGAUUCAUCCAGUGGGAUUAUCACAGUCAAAAACAACAACUUCUCCAAAGAACGUUUCCGCUUCAGUGUAAAAGUUUCAGAUGGAAAGUUCUCCAGCACAGCUCUAGUCACCAUUCUUGUCCGAGAAGCUUUGGACUCUGGUCUGAGUUUUGCCCAGAGCCUUUACACCUCAUCCAUUCAAGAGAAUGUCACCAAUAUCACCAAAGUGGCUGUGGUCAGUGCUGUAGGAAACCGUCUCAAUGAACCACUGAAGUACACCUUGUUAAAUGCUGGCACACGCUUCAGAAUCCGGCCAACUUCUGGUGUAAUUCAAACCACAGGAAUUCCCUUUGACCGUGAGGAACAAGAGUUCUAUGAACUGGUGGUUGAGGGAGGAAGGGAACAUGACCGCCUGCGUGUGGCUAGAGUUAUGGUGAGAGUCCAAGUGGAGGACAUCAAUGACAAUACCCCCAUUUUUGUUGGACUUCCCUAUUAUGCAGCUGUUCAAGUAGAGGCUGAGCCAGGAUCACCUAUUUUUAGAGUCAAGGCAGUAGACCGUGACAAAGGAAUUAAUGGAGAGGUAUCCUACUACCUCAAAGAUGACCAUGGUCACUUUGAAAUCAAUCGACAAACAGGUAGUCUCAGCCUCAAAAGGGCCUUUGAAUCUGAUUUAUCUAGUGUGGAGUACCAAAUAGUGAUAUAUGCUAGAGAUGGUGGUUACCCAUCUCUUUCCUCAACCGUUGAGUUCCCCAUCACUGUAGUUAACAAAGCCAUGCCUGUCUUUGACAAAUCAUUCUAUUCUGUUUCUGUGAAUGAGGAUGUGGUAGUGCACACACCUAUCCUUGGCAUCAAUGCCACUAGUCCUGAAGGCCAAAGCAUCAUCUACACCAUUAUUGAUGGAGACCCAUCUCUACAGUUUGACAUUGGCUUUGAUACUGGAGUCAUAAGUGUCAUCCAUUCUUUGGACUACGAAGAAGCAUCAUCUUACCGCCUGACUGUCAGAGCCACAGACUAUCUGACUGGUGCCCGUGCUGAAGUGGAUGUAGAUGUGAUUGUUCAGGAUGUAAAUGACAAUCGUCCCAUGUUUGAGAAGAUGUCUUACAUGGCAGUUUUGUCUGAAACAGCUAUGAUUGGAACUCCAGCACUGCAAGUAAGUGCCACUGACAGAGAUUCAGAAAGAAACAACAUUGUCCGCUACCAGAUCUUCUCAGAUGUGCACAACAGCACAGACUACUUCCACAUUGAUAGUAGCAGUGGGUUAAUCCUGACUGCACGCAUGCUAGAUCAUGAACUGGUUCAGAGAUACAACUUCAUCGUCAGGGCUACUGAUAAUGGUUUUCCACCUUUGAGUAGUGAAGUAUCAGUUGUAGUUGUGGUGAACGACAUGAAUGACAAUCCUCCCAUCUUCAAUCAACUACUCUAUGAAGCAUACGUGAGUGAGUUAGCACCUAGGGGUCACUUUGUAACCUGUGUCCAGGCUUCAGAUGCUGACAGCUCAGAUUUUGAUAAGUUGGAGUACAGUAUUUUGUCAGGGAAUGAGAGGAUGAACUUUGUGAUGGACUCGGAGACAGGAAUAAUAACUUUGUCCAGUCAUCGUAAGCAAAGGAUGGAACAUGUCUACAGUCUGAAUGUUUCAGUGUCUGAUGGGGUCUUCACCAGUACUGCACAGGUUCAUGUUAAGGUGCUGGGAGCCAACCUAUAUAGCCCAGUGUUUGGACUGAAUACAUAUGAAGCAGACUUAAGGGAGAAUGCUGCUGUGGGCACCAAAGUUGUACAGGUGAAAGCAACUGAUGCAGACCCUGGAGUUUUUGGCCACAUCACUUAUUCCUUUGUUAAUGAUAUGGGCAAGGACCAGUUUAGCAUUGAUGGAAACGGUCAGAUCACCACCACAGAAAAGCUUGAUCGAGAGGAUCCAGCCAAUAAGGACAUGCUUCUGACAGUGGCUGCUCAAGACUCAGGUGGACGUGUGUCUUACUGUUCAGUACAUAUUACUCUGUUGGACGAUAAUGACAAUGUACCUCGUUUCCGUGCAACCGAAUACCGAGCUUCGGUCAAAUCUGAUGUUGCCAAAGGUUUUUUAGUAACCCAGAUCCAGGCAUAUGAUCCUGAUGACGGUGCCAAUGCCAAAGUGACGUAUUCCCUUUAUAGUGAGGCACAUGUUCCUGUGGUGGACAUUUUGGAGAUAGAUCCUGACAACGGCUGGAUGGUGACUAAAGGCAGCUUCAGCCACCUGAGGAACUCUGUGUUAUCAUUUUUUGUGAAGGCUGUGGAUGGAGGAAUUCCAGUCAGGCAUUCUCUGGUAUCUGUGUACAUUCAUGUUCUGGCUCCAGAUGCCUUUAUCCCUUCCUUCAGCCAACCCCAGUACUCAUUUAGUGUGCCGGAGGAUAUCCCCAUAGGUGCAGCCAUUGGGACAGUGCGUGUCAAUAGUCCUCCAGGACACACUGCACUGUCAGUUACCUUUGCUCUUGUUAAUGGUGAGACUGGAGAAAACAACCAAGAUGGGGUAUUGAUGGUGGAAAAGGAUACAGGUGUCAUCAAGCUUGAAAAACCCUUAGAUCAUGAGGUCAUCAAAGCCUACCAUUUCAAAGUUACUGCUACUGCUCAACAAGCUAAGUUGGACUCAGUGACCACUGUUGAUGUUGAAUUGAAAGUAUUGGAUCUGAAUGACAACAAACCAGUGUUUGAGUCCAACUCUUAUGAGGCUACAGUCAUGGAGGGAAUGCCCAUCGGAACCAGAAUCAUCCAAGUCCAAGCAGUGGACCAAGACUCAGGGGCAAAUGGCCAGGUGACAUAUAGUCUUGGGGUAUCAACCCAGCUAGAGGAGGAAUUAGACCGAUUGGACAGCACAUUUAGUAUUGACAGUAACACUGGCUGGAUCUCCACACUCAAGGAACUGGAUCAUGAGACGAAUCCUUCCUACACAUUCACAGUGGUGGCAUUUGACCUGGGGGAGACCCUAGCUCUUUCCAGUACCACUACAGUGAUAGUGGUGGUGUCAGACAUCAAUGACCAUCCACCCAGGUUUCUGGAGGAGCGCUACCGUGGUUCGGUUCGGGAAAGUGACCCACCAGGGGAGGUGGUGGCUGUACUGAACACCAGAGAUGAUGACAGCUCUGCUGUCAAUCGACAAGUCAGUUACCACAUAACUGGUGGGAACCUCUGCGGUGUGUUCGCUCUGGGUCUGGUUCAGGGUGAAUGGAAGAUGUACGUGAAAGGGCCGCUGGACAGGGAGGAUCGUGACCUCUACAUCCUGAAUGUAACUGCUAGCGACGGGCUCUUUGUUACCCAGGCAACAGUGGAAGUGACGGUGACUGACACCAAUGAUAACAGCCCUGUCUGUGACCAGGCAGUGUACACCGCCUCGAUCCCAGAGGACAUCCCAGUCAACAGCGUGGUGCUGAGAGUGGGAGCCACAGAUGCUGAUGUGGGCAUCAAUGCCUGGAUCCAGUACACCUUGCAUGGCCUUGGAUCUCAAGACUUCAGCAUGGAGCUGGACAGCGGUCAAAUAAAGACAAUGGUGGCUCUAGAUCGGGAAAAAACACCCACCUACCGGCUGAUUGCCCAGGCAACGGAUGGUGGUGGGCGGUGGUGCCGAGCUGAAGUGCAGCUGAGAGUGACAGAUGUGAACGACAACCCACCCAUUUUCACCCUACCACAGUACACUGCCAGCGUCUACGAAGACACGGCGACCAAGGCCCUGCUGACCCGUAUCCAGGCCAUAGACCCUGAUGAAGCUGGGCCAGGCCGUAAGGUGGUUUACUCCCUAGUGGACUCUUCUGGGGGUUUCUUCUCCAUUGACAAGUCCUCUGGCAUUGUGGUCCUGGAGCGUGUCCUUGAUCGAGAGAUCCAGCCGUUCUAUCAGAUCACAGUGCGUGCCUCCGACCAGGGUUCACCACGACCCCUGUCCUCACUGGUCAACGUCACCAUCACUGUUCUGGACAUAAACGACAACCCACCGGUGUUUGAACGCCGCGAUCAACUGGCGACUGUGCCGGAGAACGUAGGACUGGGCACUGAGGUGCUCAGAGUUUACGCUGCCAGCAAGGAUAUAGGAACUAACGCUGAGAUAACCUACAGCAUCCGAUCAGGCAAUGAGCAUGGGAAGUUCCACAUCCAUCCAUUGACUGGUGCCAUCUUGGUUUCCAAGCCUCUGGACUAUGAGAUGUGUAGAGACUAUUUCCUGACGGUGGAGGCCCGUGAUGGUGGGAUGCCACCGCUAAGCGCUGUUACGACGGUUAACAUCAACCUGACGGACGUUAACGACAACGCGCCCAUGUUCAGUCGUGACCUCUACACCGCCGUAGUGUCGGAAGAUGCUGCCAUCGGAGAGUCUGUAGUCCAACUGACAGCUGAGGAUGUCGACAGUCAGGUGAACGGAGCAAUCCUCUACUCCAUCGUCAGCGGAGACCGAGACAACCAGUUCUUCAUUGAUCCACUGAGCGGCAUCAUCAAGGUCAACAAGCUGCUGGACCGAGAAACGGUUUCAGGCUACUCGCUGGUCGUCAGAGCUCUGGAUAGCGGCAUCCCAGCCAUGUCCUCCACUGCAAUGGUCAACAUAGACAUCUCCGACAUCAACGACAACCCACCCAUCUUCUCCCCAGCGAACCUCACCACGGUCAUACAGGAAAACAAGCCAAUUGGCACCAGCAUCCUGCAACUGUCCGUCAUCGACCAGGACUCCUCCCAUAACGGCCCACCGUUUGACUUCCGCAUCAUGUCGGGAAAUGAAGGCGGAGAGUUCGUGCUGGAGAGAGACGGGACGCUGGUGGCCAAUCAGGUGUUCAGGAGAGACCUGGCAACCGAGUACAUCAUUCAGAUCCAGGUGAGGGACUCUGGGAAACCUCGACUGUCCUCCUCCUCCAUGCUGACAGUUCGGGUGAUCGAGGAGAGCCUCCACCGACCGGUGGCUUUGCCUCUAGAAGUGCACAUAGUUACCAUGGAGGAUGAGUUUCCUGGUGGCGUGAUUGGCCAACUCCAUGCGACCGACGCUGACCCGUACGAUGCACUGACGUUUGGCCAUGCACCCCCAGCUCAGCGGAGCCUCUUCAAGAUAAGUCCUCGUGAUGGCAAGAUCAUCGCGCUGGGUGGAUUGGAUGCAGGCCAUUACUCGCUCAAUGCCAGCGUGAGCGAUGGCCGCUUCGCCGUGCCCGUGUCAGUGAGUGUGCAUGUGGAGCAGGCGUCGCCGGAGAUGCUGCGUGAGGCGGUGACCGUGCGCUUUGAGAGCGUGGCGCCGCAUGACUUUGUGGCGUCGCACCUGAAGAGUGUGCUGAAGGUGCUGCAGCAGGCCGCCGCCUCCCAGCAGCAGGACACCCUGCACGUGCUCAGUCUGCAGCCUGUCGGUGGGACCCAACAGCUGGAUCUGCUGGUCGCCGUGGAAACAGCCGGGGGUGGGUUUUACAAAGCGGCGUACCUGACCCAGAAGCUCAGCGCGUCACGACGGAAGCUGGAGGACGUUCUCCGAGUGUCAGCCAUCUUGGAUAAGAACUGCUCAGGCUUAGAGUGCCGCGGGGCCCAGUGUGAGCAAAGUAUCAUCCUGGAUUCCCACAACCUGGCAACCUACAGCACACCGCGGGUCAGCUUUGUGUCGCCACGCUUCCACCGGACCUCACACUGCACAUGCACAGAUGCCAGUUGUGCAGUUCUGUCCGAGCAGUGUGAGGAACAGUCCUGCCCAGCAGACAUGCAGUGUGUUUCCACCGAGGCCACCAGAGGGCGCUACGCAUGCCAGUGUCCACCAGGAAAGCUGGGAGAGUGUGCAGGACAUACGUCUCUGAGUUUCUCAGGUAACAGCUAUAUCAAGUACAGGGUGUCUGACGGGCUGAGGGCAGAGCUGAGGCUCAGUCUGAGGAUCAGAACGCUGCAGAGCCGAGGAAUCAUCAUGUAUACACACACUGACCCAUGCACUGUGCUCAAGCUGGAGGAGGGGAAGCUUUGGUUCCAGCUGGUGUGCAGCCCUGGUGGCAACAGCGACAGUCCUGGCAUGCUGGGUAUCUCUGGCCGCCGCAUUAACGAUGGCAGCUGGCACACGGUGGCGCUGGAACUGAACCGCAACUUCACCAGCCUGGCGCUGGACGACAGCUACGUGGAGCGCCGCCACGGACCGCCGCGCAUCGAGCCCCUCGCCCCGGACCGAACCAUCUACUUCGGCGCACUGGUGCAGCCUCCCAACCCUCGCAGCCUGACCGACUCCCAGAGGGACCCGCAGGUGCUGGAGGGUUUCCAGGGCUGCCUGGACUCCAUCAUGCUGAACAACAAUGAGCUGCCUUUGCAGAACAAGCGCUCGCAUUACGCUGAGGUGGUGGGUCUGACCGAGCUGAAGCUGGGCUGCAUCCUCUACCCGGACGGCUGCCUCCGACAGCCCUGCCACAAUGGAGCUACCUGCACCAGCCUGCCCUCCGGUGGUUUUGCAUGCAGCUGCCACCCCCAGUACACCGGAGGGCGCUGUGAGGUCGAGAUAACAGCGUGCGUUCCCAACCCGUGUCAGAACAGUGGCGUUUGUAAGCCCAUUGGCAAUGCUUUCCUGUGCAGCUGCCGGAGAGGCUUCAAGGGCCUGACCUGUGAGGAAGAUGUGAAUGAGUGUGACCGCAACAACCCCGAGGGCGAGUGUGACAACGGCGGUGUUUGCAUCAACACUCAUGGUUCCUUCUACUGUAACUGCACAGCAGGCUUUGUCGGCCAGCGAUGCAGCCUGCGGCCCGUGGUCGUGCCUGACAUGCAGGCCGGCCACGCUGUGGUCGGCAAGGAGGAGCUGAUUGGCAUUGCGGUAGUGCUCUUCGUCAUCAUCACCCUCAUCGUCCUCUUCAUCGCCUUCCGCAAGAAGGUCUUCCAGAAGAACUAUUCGCGGAACAACCUGUCUCUGGUCCAGGACCCGGCCACAGCGGCGCUCCUGAACAAAGCCAACGGCGUUCAGUUCAAGACCCUGCGCUGCACACCAGGAGACCCUCUUAACUUGUACUCGGAGGGGCUGGGGCCCACCGUGGUCGGAGGGGCCGGGCUGAUGGGGCCGCCACAGGUCCCGGUCAGGCCCAUGGCAUACACGCCCUGUUUCCAAGGAGACCCUCGCUCCACACUGGAGAAGAUGGCGGACGGGCGCGGUGUGGAACACACGGAGAUGAGCACCUUCCACCCAGAGUCCCCGCGGAUCCUGGCAGGGACCACCAGGAGGGGGGUGGUGGUGUGCAGUGUGGCCCCCAACCUGCCGCCGGUGUCACCCUGCCGCUCCGACUGCGACUCCAUACGCAAGAGCCCCUGGGACAGCGAUGAGGGUAAGAUGGUGGACAUGGCUGAAGAGGUCACCUGUUUCUCAGGGAGCAACAAAGGCAGUAACUCUGAGGUCCAAUCACUGAGCUCCUUCCAGUCUGACUCCUGCGAUGACAACGCCUCCAUAGUGACCGUCAUUCGACUGGUCAAUGAUGCAGUCGACACAAUCGAAAAUGAAGUGUCGGUCAUGGACCAAGGUCAGACCUACAACAGAGCGUAUCACUGGGACACAUCAGACUGGAUGCCCAGCACCAGGCUGUCAGACAUUGAAGAGGUGCCCGGCUAUGAGGCAGGUCCUGGGGGUGACGUGUCCGGCUCAGCCCCACGCCUGGGAGGCAGCACCCGGGAGCUGGAGUCAGACUACUAUCUGGGGGGCUACGACAUUGACAGCGACUAUCCCCCUCCCCAUGAAGAGGAGUUCCUGAACCAGGACCAGCUGCCCCCGCCGCUGCCCACCGGCGAGGACUACCCCGAGCACUAUGACCCGCUGCCUGCCAGCCAGCCGGUCUCUAAGGAGAGCACCUUGAGCACUGGCAGCACUGUGUGCCAGCCUGCCAGGCCACAUUUCCACCCCAGCCAGUACCUGCCCCCCCACCAGCUGCCUUUGGGGGAGGCGGGGCCUGGGGGCAUACCCAGGGAGGAGUUUAGUAAUUUCGUGGGUGGGGUAACUCCAGGGAGCGAGGACACUGAUGACAAUGUGUCACUGAACAUGCGACUGUCUGUCGGCGUCUCAUCGGCUUCCGACGUGUCGGCCCCCUGCGGGCUGGAUGACUCUGAACCCGGCGGCAGCGACUUUGACAGUAUGGACGAGCUUCAUCGAGGGGUGACCAUCAUCAUCGACUCACAGCAACAGACUGAAGUGUGACUGAGGGACCAGUAGGGGGUGCUGUGGGACAGGUAACGGGCCAGAAGGAGCAGGAAACGGAUUCAGAAGGAAGUGAAAAGUGGAGGUCAUCACUGGGACAGGAGAGCUUUGCUACAGAGGUCACCAGUGCUAGGGACUACACCAAGCACAGACUAUCACAAGCAUUAAUAAUGAAGCCACUUCACACACAGAAAACGCUCUUGUUAAAGCCACUCUUCACUCUCGUCAGGCACUAUGCUCAAGUGUUAGACAUGGAAGUCAGUUUGAGUUUUACCACAGACAACACACUCAUGGGAAUCCUUUCCUUGCUGUGCCUAGCCGUCAGAAGUGUCCUUCCUCUUCCAUAGGGAGGUAUCUAGUAGAUAAUGUCAAAAUAAUCAGAUGGAGACUGUGAAUGAGAAAGACUAAAGAGAUUAAGGCUGAGAAAGUAAUAAAUGAAUGAUAAAUAACAUUAGAAAAACAAAAUGGGACAAUCGUGUAAGUGAAAGGCCCAUUGGACCGCUCAUUUCUUAAAAAAGACAAGACGAGUUCCCAUGUAGUCUUCUUGUUUUGUUUUAUUUGGCUUUUGUAAACUGCACAGUGCUAAGGUUUGCUCAGCCUUUGUAAAUUAAUAUGGCCAUACUGAUGCAAAAGUAGAAACGUGUUCAAAAUGCUUGCCCCUUCCCCAUAAAUCAGGCCCGCCAACAAGCCAUGAGAUCUCAGCUGUCCCGUUUCCUUUGACCGACAUGUUAAAAGUCCCAUUUAUUAUUGGCUAACUCUCUUCUUUUAUGCCAAGUUUUGUUUUAAUCAUGGGAUUUUUUUAAAAACUUGCACUAGUCUUUUUGAUGUUGAUUUGCCAUGUUUUGAAGAAUUUUAGUGCCAUAUAUUGAAAUCUUAAAGAACUUCAGGAAAAAAAAAAAAGUUUACAACCGCCAUUUGCAUUUGCAUUAUCCACUGAGCCUAAAUUAAUGUCCAGUUUAUGUGUUGUCUGUUUUCCCUCCAUUUGUUUGCACUUGUGAAAUUGUAACAAAUCACAGUUAAGGUAUAAUUGAGUCACAGUGUAGUUUCCAAAAAGCCAUGCACAACACAUUUUGGGGAAAAAAUCAACAAUGCGCUGCGUUCCAGUCUUGUCAGUGAUUUUGUUGCAUCUUGACCCUGUCUGCUAAAAGAAAUUACCCCCCUCCCACCCCAGGUCAGUCAAAUCUUAGUUUCCAUCUGAUCUCAAGGACAGUUAGCACAUGAGACUGGCUCAGAUAAUAUCGGCUCAGAUUAUAUUCUAAUAUAAUCUGCCUGAUCCACUCGGGCACACAGCUCCUCAUUGGGUUUUUUUUUUUUUCUUUGUAAACGAUGUAAGUUUGUGUUUAAAUCUUUGUACAGUGUACAUAGCUAGGUUGUUAAAAUGCCAAUUUUGUAGAUAUGGAAUUGCAAUCUUGAACUGCCUUUUUAUGUGAAUAUGAACAAUAAGAGACCAUGAAAUAUUAGUCAUUUUAACUUCGUUCCUUCCAUGCCAUUGGCACUUCUCCCAAAGUUUUUCUUUAGCCUUUGCUUUUUUUUUUUUUACAUUAAAAAUAUUUCAAUA